UACAAAUUAGAAAUUCAUCGAGUGAUAAUAAUGCCGAAGAAAAACCAAUUCUGCUAGUUGGACAACAUGAUGUGGCAAUUAUUCAAGAAGGUGAAGUAGACCUUGACUUAAAAAACGAUAUGGAGAGGAUUCGAGAUCAGAGUAUACAAUAUAAACUAAGAGAUAAGACACGACAAUUUAUCGACUUGAUGUAUGUUAAGGUUAAGGGAGGUGGCGGGGGUGAUGGAUGUGUUGCUUUUAGUCGGGAAAAGUAUGUUUCAAAGGUACCACCUUCAGGUGGUAAUGGAGGACGAGGAGGAAAUGUUAUCUUUGUCGCGUCGUCAAAUCAUUCUUCUUUACAUUCCAUUAGCAAGAACAUAACUGCGGGUAGAGGUCAUAAUGGAGAAGGGAAUCUGAAACAUGGAUCAGCUGGUAAAGAUGUUAUAAUACAAGUACCUUUGGGAACCAUUAUUAGAGAGAGGGCAGCGACUUGGGUUCAUUACCCUCGAUAUAAUGAGAAAAAUCCUUUAAGUUCAUUCUUUAUCGAAGCUGAGAAAAUGAUUGAGCAAGAUGAAAGGUAUAAUAAGUUUUUUAAAGCUAAGGAUGCAAAUAAUAAUCUUUAUUUGGAUCUUUCCGUACCAAAUAGUCAAUACAUAGUUGUACAUGGGGGUUUAGGUGGAAAAGGAAAUCCACAUUUUUUAACGAAUGCAAAUCGUUCUCCAAAGUAUGCGACAAAAGGACAGGAUGGGCAAGUAAAAUAUCUUGAAUUAGAAUUGAAAGCAAUAGCUGAUGCUGGAUUGGUGGGCCUACCAAAUGCUGGGAAAAGUACUUUCCUUACGGCCGUUUCUAAUGCCCAUCCAAAGAUCGCACCUUAUCCUUUUACAACUCUAAAUCCUUACAUUGGUACAGUUGAUUAUUCCGAUAGAUUUCAAUUAACCGUUGCUGAUAUCCCUGGAAUAAUCCAAGGUGCUCAUAAAAACAUUGGAUUAGGACAUGCUUUUCUUAGGCAUAUAGAACGUUCAAAAGUUUUGGUUUAUGUCGUUGACUUAUCAGGAGAUCAACCAUGGGAAGAAUGGUAUAUUUUACAAAGUGAAUUAGAAAAAUAUCGACCGGGACUUACAAAACGUCCAUCUUUGAUUGUUGCAAAUAAGGCAGAUGUAACUGAAAAAUCCAAAGAAAAUUUUCCAAUCUUUGAAACAAAAGUUAAGGAUAAGUUUAAGGAAGAAAUUGUAAUUGUACCGGUUUCUGCGAAAUACAGAAAGAAUAUCGUCAAAGUAACAACAUUAUUAAGACAAAUGGUUGAAAUAGUACGAGAAAAAGAAAAUUUACCUGUAAAUAAUUAA